UCCGCUUUUGACUUGCUCAUGCGUCAGUGAAUGCGGCGCUAAAGAAACGGAAGCUAGUAGCAGUGUUUCGCUUCACUUGAUAACAUUGUUAGUUAACUAUAAUAAACCAGUUAAAUAUAUAUCGUUUAAGUUUCUAUCGACAAGAAAUGAGCGACAACGAAAAGGAUUUUGGCGAGCGGGACUCGCGGUCCGCUUCCAGGAGUGUGAGCCCAAGGGGUUCUGGGAAGUCUGCCAGCCGCUCCCCGGCCCAUUCCCCAGCCCGCUCCAAAGAUGGCUCCAGACACUCCAGGUCUAAGUCCCACUCCCGAUCCCGCUCCAAGUCCAGGUCUCGUUCCCACAGAAGCUCCCGCAGGCAUUAUUCCCGCUCUCGCUCCCGUUCCCACCGCCGCCGUUCCCGUAGCCGAUCCCGAAGCGGGGAAUACCGCCGCCGUCGGAGCCACAGCCACUCCCCCAUGUCCAACCGCCGCAGGCACAUUGGCAACCGGGCCAACCCGGACCCGAACUGCUGCCUGGGUGUGUUUGGUCUGAGCCUGUACACCACAGAGAGAGACCUGAGAGACGUGUUCUCCAAGUACGGCCCCCUGGCUGACGUCAGCAUCGUCUAUGACCAGCAGUCACGACGCUCCCGCGGCUUCGCCUUCGUCUACUUCGAAGUCCGAGAGGACGCCAAUGAGGCUAAGGAGAGAGCUAAUGGAAUGGAGUUGGAUGGACGGAGGAUCAGGGUCGAUUUCUCCAUCACCAAACGACCACACACUCCCACUCCUGGGAUAUACAUGGGACGGCCCACAUAUGGUGGCGGCGGCGGCAGCAGCAGCGGCGGUGGAGGAGGAGGAGGAAGUGGCGGCCCCAGCUCAAGCUCAUCUCGCCGUAGCUCGAAGGAUUACGACCGCGGCGGUGACCGUGGUUACGACAGAGGCUAUGACCGCGGCUACGAUCGCUAUGACGACCGAGAGUGCUACAGGUCCUACAGACGCAGGUCUCCGUCCCCGUACUACAGCCGAGGGGCCUACCGGUCUCGCUCACGCUCGCGGUCUUACUCCCCACGCCACUACUGAGAAGAGGAGCAAGAUGAUACUUUUUGUGGGGUUAGGGCCAAGGGUGGGGUGCAUAUCUGGGGAAGUUAGGGAAAUGGUAAACUUGUUAAACAAUCAUAUUUUUUGUUUAUUUUAGUUACAUUUAUUCAGUAGGUGGAUUUCUGUACAUGAGCUUCUUUCUGUCAGUCUUGCCUGUUGUGUUUAGAGAAGCUGUCGGUUUGUUAAUCCAGGGUUCUCCCCAGGAUUUUUUUUAAAUGGUGGUGCUGCUGAGUACAGCGAACACCUGUAAUUCCCAUUUCCUGCAAUCAAGAGCACAUUUCGGUAGGGUUCAAUUUUACAUAGUGGCACAGCCAGUCCACAAGGUGGCGGAGCACCCCUCUUACAUUCUUUGGGGAGAACCAUCGGAUCUGUAUUUUGUAUCACCAGGCUCCUUUUUACUGGGUAGAUGUGUUAGUGAUAUUUAGUGCACGAUAGGUUCUAGGGGAGAGGGCCCAAGGUAAAUGCAGCUCUAGGACCUGAUUACCUUACCCCCAAUUCUAACCUUAACCUUCAGGUUGAUAAAAAAAUCUUACCCUUUAUCAGUGGUUAGGGGGCAACUUCUUCCUCCUGUAUGUUCGGGAGAAGAGCCAAGAGCUUGAAGCUCUACCCUCGUUCAAUGCUGUGUGUAUGGGUGUACCAUGAUUUUAAGUCUGCAGUAUUCCAAGCAAUAAUAAAACUGCAUCUUUUCAA